AUGUCUUCCAGUACAUCUUAUUUAAGACCCGAUUACAUUCAUCCUUUAUCGCAAUUAUCUUCCGGUAUGGCGUCAACAAGUUCACUGGAUUCAAGUCAAAGUCCUCUAGCAUUAUUGGCUCAAACAUGUAGUAGUAUUGGAAAAGAACCAUCCACAACGACAGCCAACGUUACAUUGCCAAAAGCUACAUAUCCAUCAAAUAACGAGAAAACAACGUCAAAACUAAAUGAAAUAAUUAAUACUGAAAAACGUUCUGAUCAUACAUCUCAUCAUCAUGGCCAUCAUCAUAAAAAUGAAAAACUAUCACCAACAACAAAAGUAACGUCUUCAUAUGAUAAGAGCAAUAACAAUGGCAUAUUAAAUUUGUCAACGACAAAUUUCUUAGCGAAACCAAAUCAAGACAACGCCUCUACGCCAUCAUCAUCAUCGUCGAUGACAGCCACUAAUGGUUUAGAGAUAAAAAAAUCUCAACAAUCAAUUACCACAUCGUCAUCACGUUAUACAUUUGAACCCCAAUCAUACUAUAACUCAUUAGCAGAUUGUCUACCACGGACAACUGUCACGACUCCAUCGUCAUUGCCUUCAUUUACACAUUCGUAUAUGGCAGCCGCCGCAUAUUCAUCAUUACUCGAUCCGUAUUUAGCACUACUGCGAGCAGAUUCGCUUCGUUCAGCAGCUUUAUUAGCUGCAUACACUCCGAAAGAAGAAACGAACUUAAAUUUAACAUGUUCUGAUCCCUAUUGUCGUCAUUGUCUAUUAGCACAUUCACAAUUAUCGAUACCGUGUACAAUUCCAAGUUGUUUACAAUGUGAAUUAGUUCGUCAACCAUUUGUUUGUAAUUGGAUUAGCGCUCGUGAUUCUACUUAUUGUGGUAAACGUUAUUCAACUACUGAUGAACUUUUAACACAUUUACGGACAGCACACACACAAGAUUAUUAUCAAUCAGCUUUGACAUCUUCUCGAUCUCCAACAAAACCUAUCCCGACACAUCAUCGAUUUCAUCCUUAUACGAAACCAACAAUAACAACAAAUACAUCUCCGUCCUCUAUGCAAAAUAGUUCAAAUGCUGCUGCAGCUGCUCUAGCCAAUCUUCCACCGCAUCAUUUUGGAUUUUACCCAAAUUUACCAUUAUUUGGAUCUCGCUAA